GCGCUUUGCUGCCCCCGGCGGUUGGGGCGGGAGCUCGGCGCCGCCAUGGACCACAACGGCAGCAACAGCGGCCCCGCCGGCUUCAGGCACCGUAAGUUACCUGCCAAGGUGAGGACGAGGGUUCCAGGGCAUCCCAGUCACCUCUUUGAAGACACCAGCGGAAACAUGGAUGCUCAGCCGUUCGAACCAGUGUACGAGGGACCCACGGCGGGCUUUGGCCUGGCGAGACCCGGCAUCCUCAGCGACCCCAUGAUGUCUAACCUGGCGAUGGCUUACGGGAGCAGCUUGGCAAGUCAAGGGAAGAACAUUGUGGAUAAAAAUAUCGAUCGUUUUAUUCCAAUCAGCAGAUUGAAGUAUUAUUUUGCCGUGGACACGAUUUAUGUUGGAAAGAAGCUGGGUCUCCUCGUCUUCCCCUACAUGCACCAGAAUUGGGAGGUACAGUACCAACAAGACACUCCAGUGGCCCCUCGAGUGGAAAUAAAUGCUCCUGACUUGUAUAUUCCAGCAAUGGCAUUCAUCACAUAUUUACUGGUGGCUGGAUUUGCUCUUGGGAUACAGAGCAGGUUCUCCCCAGAGAUGCUGGGCAUGUUGGCCAGCACCGCGAUGAUCUGGCUGGUUAUCGAAGUGUUCGCCGUCUUGCUCAGUCUGUACCUGAUCACGGUGAACACGGACCUCACCACCAUCGACCUUGUCGCCUUUGCAGGGUACAAAUACGUUGGGAUGAUCAUUGGAAUCAUAGCUGGGUUGAUAUUUGGAAGAAUGGGAUACUACAUUGCUUUGGCCUGGUGCUGCAUCUCAGUUGUGGUGUUCAUGAUCCGGACUUUGAGGCUGAAGAUUCUGUCGGAGGCUGCGGCCGAGGGUGUUCUGGUCCGGGGCACCAGGAACCAGCUGCGGAUGUACCUGACCAUGGCCAUCGCUGCAGUGCAGCCUUUCUUCAUGUACUGGCUCACCUAUCACUUGAUCAGAUAGGACGCUUGCAAAGAAAACCCCCUGCGUUCCCUGGGGCUCGUUGAUCUCCCACCGCGGUAGGGGUGGGGCAGUGGGUCGGAGAGCCCAUCACCCCAGGCGGGUGACACAGGCCGGCUGCCUUCCUAGGGCCAGGGUGGGUGGGCCAUCUCACUGAGCGAGAUGGGGUACUUGUGUCUGUGCGCGGUUUGUGUGUAUGCGUGCGUGUGUUUGUGUGUGCGUUCAUCUUUGUGUUUAUGUGUGCGUGUGCUUUCCCCUGGGUGACAGUCGUGGGAUCAUAAGUGAUAGGAGUAGAAUUAGGCCGCUCAGCCAUUCAAUCAUGGCUGAUCUAUCUCUCCCUCUCAACCCCAUUCUCCUCACUGCUCCUGACACCCUAUCCCAAGUGAGGGUGUGACUAACCCAUUCCUCAUGAAGCAAGGAAAUCGGAGGAAGUCGGGAACACAGGGAACUCUUGUCUUCUCAAAGGAUGGACUUGGAAUGUGGAUUUAAUCCAUCCUUGGUGAACCUUUUCUGCUGGACUGCCCAUAUAAUCAUCCACAGGUUUAACUGAUCACCUCCGCCCCAGAUUACCAAUGUGCAAGGAAACACAAGCUAAUGGACAUAUCUACUGUGCUCUCUGCCUGCCGCACGAUGGGAUUUUUAAAAAAAAUACCUAUUUAUAAACACAUUGAGCAAAUAAAAAUUGUAAUGUAUUAA